AGCGAAUAAAAUAAUAAUAAAAUAUUUAGGAAAAAAGAGAGAGAAAUUAAACAAGGCAAUUCACGGAAGGAAGGGUCGAACAUGGACGGAGCAGAGCUGCAUCCAUUCCAUUCCCUUCCACUCUCUCUCUAAAAAGCGCAAAAGCGAAUAACUGAAAGAAACCCUAGGCCCUGUCUCUCUCUCUCUCUGUGAGAGAGUUUCUUAAUUCUUAUUAUUACUUUCGUUCCACGCAUCGAAUUCGAUUCUCUGCGAUCUGAAUCCGUGAAAUGCGCCUCUCUCGGAAUCGCAGAGCGACCAACGGUUCCUUCGUGCACCGAUGAAUCAAUCGCGUCGCUGGCAGAGGACUCUGAUCCUCGCUCUGCUCUCUCUCUCCGUCGUUGCUCCUCUCGUUUUCGUCUCUCACAGGCUUAAGGCUUUCACUUCCGAAGGACGACAGGACUUUCUUGAUGAUUUAUCCAGUGUUACAUACAGGACAGAUCCUCUAAGGCUAAAUGCUAUUGAACAGGAAGGCGCUGAAGAGUUAGAAGAGCCACAGCAAGUUGUUUAUAAAGAAAAAGAUCUUGGUUCAACAAAUAGUUACAUUUCACAACAGGUUAAUGAUUUGGUGGAAUCUAGAAAUGACGGGUACAGAAAUAACAUUUUGGAAAGAAAUGUUUCAGAAUCCGACCAUAACAAAAGACAAGACCAGGAACCUCAGAAGAAAUUGUUCAUGGAUGGGGAUGAGAAAAUAUUUAAUAAAACAGUUGCACACAAUCAGAAUAUACACACUCAGUCUCAAAGAAUGAAAGAUGAAGUUGAAGUGACAGAUAAGCAAUCUGGUCCAAAAGCAACCCAAUAUCAUCAGAGUUCACGCCCUCAGUCUCGGAGAGGAGGGACGAAUCAGAAGGUUUUGGAAAUUAAGGAUCAAAUUAUUAGAGCGAAAGCAUAUCUGGGCUUUGCCCCUCCAAGCAGCAACUCACACUUGGUGAAGGAGUUGAAGUUGAGAAUUAAAGAGAUGGAACGUGCAGUUGGAGAAGCUACUAAAGAUUCAGAUCUGUCAAGGAGUGCUUUGCAGAAAAUGCGACACAUGGAGGCUUCACUGUCUAAAGCCAAUCGUGCUUUCCCAGACUGUACUUCUAUGGCUUCUAAGUUCCGUGCAAUGAAUCAUAAUGCUGAAGAGCAAGUUCGUUCUCACCGACAACAAGCAACAUAUCUUGUUCAUCUUGCUGCAAGGACCACCCCAAAAGGUCUUCACUGUCUUUCUAUGCAGUUAACUGCUGACUACUUUGCCCUGAGACCUGAGGACCGGAAGCUUCCACAUGAAAAUAAGAUUCAUGAUCCAAAACUUCAUCAUUAUGCUGUCUUCUCUGACAAUGUUCUGGCAUGUGCAGUGGUUGUUAACUCCACUGUCUUCAAUGCUAAGAAACAGGAGAAACUUGUUUUCCAUGUAGUGACCAAUUCACUCAACCUUCCUGCAAUCCGGAUGUGGUUCUUAUUAAACCCUCCUGGCAAAGCCACAGUCCACGUACAAAGCAUAGAGAACUUUGAAUGGUUGCCCAAGUACAACACAUUCAAGGAACACAAUUCCAGUGAUCCAAGAUAUACGUCUGAGUUGAACUACCUACGUUUCUACCUGCCAGAUAUCUUCCCUACUUUAAAUAAGAUUCUGCUCUUUGAUCAUGAUGUGGUAGUGCAAAAAGAUCUCAGUGGACUAUGGAAUGCCAAUAUGAAAGGAAAAGUAAUUGCAGCAGUUGGCACUUGUCAGGAAGGUGAAACUUCAUUUCACAGGAUGGAUAUGUUCAUAAACUUCUCAGACCCAUUCAUUGCAAAGAGGUUUGAUGUCAAUGCUUGCACGUGGGCAUUUGGGAUGAACUUCUUUGAUUUACAACAGUGGAGGAGACAUAAUUUAACUGAUCUCUACCACAGAUACUUGCAAAUGGGUUCCAAGAGGCCAUUGUGGAACAUUGGAAGUCUGCCUUUAGGCUGGCUCACUUUCUAUAACAAGACUAUGGUUUUGGACAGACGGUGGCACAUUCUUGGCCUUGGUUAUGACUCAGGUGUCGAUAGAAACGAGAUUGAACGGGCUGCCGUUAUACACUACGAUGGAAUUAGGAAACCAUGGUUGGACAUUGCGAUGGGAAGAUAUAGAAAUUAUUGGACCAAAUUUAUGAAGUUUGACCUCCCUAUUUUGCAACGUUGCAAUCUCCAGGCGUAGCCCAAAAUUUAAAUAUUACUCUACCUGCUUUGACUCUCAUUUGCUGGCACAUUAAUUGCCUGCUUCAGUCGAUUCUUUCUUGUUCUUGGCGAUUCUUCUUGUAAAGCCCCUCAUAGUUCCAUAGAAUUUUCUACAUAUAUAUAUUUUUAGAAGCUUAGCCAAUUUGUAGUGACAUUGAGAUGAAAUAAGACUCGCAUAGGCAUUGUUUUAGCUGCUUGGAGAUAUUGGUUGUUGUGUACAUAAUUAAUUCCCGUGCUCUAUUAGUCGUGCAUCCGCUGUUUCCCAUCAAUAUACGCCAAUUAUACGCAGAUUGGAAGUUAAAAGUUAAAUUUUACUUUGAGAAA